CAUUUUUCUUCAUCUUCAAGCGAACGCUGUUGACGGUGAGCGAGCUUUAGUAACGGAGCACGAUUGCCAAUUGCCAUUCAGCAGUCCGACAGGCGGUCACGGACGUCCCUCGUUCAGGGCUGUGCGCUAAUUUUUUGAUCUGAGAACGACGCCCUUCUUUCACUCCCAACGACUCUUUCAUACUGCGCAUUCUAUCACUUGCUUAUCCUAAUAUCCCGUCACCAUGGCCGACUUCAGCUCUGCUCUUUCAUUUUUGACGGAUAAUCCUGCCGCGGGAGUUCUAAAAGAUUCAUAUGAUGCGUUUGCACGGCGGAGAGCAGACCUAGGGCUGUCGAAUCCCGGCACUGUUGAGAUGGUUUCUCGAGAAGUCCAGAAGGAGGUCUUGCUCUCCAAUUUCAUGUUCACAGGCCUUCGUGCCGAUUUGACCAAAGUCUUCGGAGUCUCGCCUCUUUUCCGAAUCUCUCAUGCGUUUACCAUGGGCUCUCAAGGCAACCUUCCUCCAUAUGCCUUGUCUACCAUGUUUGGAACUUCGGAUGUGAGUUGAACAGUAGUAUUUGUUGAGAAGCUGGUCUGAGUAUCUUAAAAUUGAGCUAGCAGCCAGGCUGACCUGAUAUCUCUUUAGGUGCUUAUGCAAGGAAACAUUGGCAGUGACGGAGCUCUGGCCGCCGUUGCAAACUAUCGCUGGAGCUCAUCCUUGAUCAGCAAAGCCAACGUUCAGAUAAUGCCUGGUUCUGCGCAGGGCCUCAUUCAGCUCGAUAACGAUUACACCGGAUCUGAUUUCUCGGCGUCUCUUAAGGCUUUCAACCCGUCAAUUUUAGAAGGGGGGCUUACCGGUAUUUUCAUCGGAAGUUACCUACAGUCUAUCACUCCUGGGUUGGCUCUGGGACUCGAGGCUAUGUGGCAGCGUGCUGGACUCGGUGCUAAGCCAGAGACUGCUCUUUCAUACUGUGCACGAUACAAGGCAGAUGACUGGAUUGCCAGUGCCCAACUACAGGCGCAGGGAACUAUCAAUGCGUCAUUCUGGAAGAAACUCUCUGACAAAGUCGAAGCUGGUGUUGAUAUGAACCUUCAAUUUGCACCAAGCGGCAACCCCAUGAUGGGAGGCAGUCUUCAGCGAGAGGGAACUACCGCUAUCGGAGCCAAGUAUGAGUUCAGGGCGUCUACGUUCAGAGCUCAGGUUGACAGUGACGGGAAAAUAAGCUGUCUGUUGGAGAAGAGAGUUGCCAUGCCAAUUUCUCUCACCUUUGCUGGUGAAAUAGACCAGGUUAAGCAAACUGCCAAGAUUGGUCUUGCUGUCUCCUUCGAGAUGGCUUCUGAGGAGCUGAUGGAACAGCAAGAGUCUGGAGAGCUGGCUAGCGUCUCUCCACCUUUCUAAAUUCAUGCUCGGGGGGGAAAAAACCUCCGUUUAUCACCUCUCGUCUUUGCUCUCCUCCCACUCUUGACCCCUAAAGACUAGAUUCAACCAGCCAGCCAGUCACGACCAUAUAUCCCGCAUACUCUUUAUAAUAUCCGCAUCGUGGGCAGCUUUAAUUGCCUGUGGUCCUGAUCACCAUGAGGCCUCGACAGUCUAGGUUGUUCCCGUCUCUAUGGACUCUCAAAGGCCCCUUUCCUUCUAUUUCCCAUGCAUAAACGUCCAGGAAGUUGUAUUAGGUGUACGGAACUUCAUCUUGUAUAGAGCCUUCCUCCCCCCUUUUUCUUUCUAUUCAUUACUCUCCUGUUUUAACACACCCACUUUCACCCUGUGUUACUGUUUUGAAUGGUAACUUUUACUUUAUCUUUCCCAAAGUGUCAUGUCAUGAUUUUCCUAUACUCACACUGCCUUUCUGUUUGUGUUCUGUGGACAGAUUAUGGGACAUGAGAUUCAGACCAGAUGGGAGGAUAGGAUUAUUGUUUAGGCUGUGUUUGUUGUUCUACCUUAUAUUUUUUUGAUCUUUCCUUUGGGUUUGUUUUUGCCUGCAAAACUUAGAAGGAAGGAAUGUAAAAUAACACGAUUUGAUUUUUUGCGCAGCCCGCCCUCUGCUCGAAGCGUCUUAAGAGUAAAUUGAGAUUCGAUCGUAAUAGAUUGUCAUAAAACUUGAACUCCCACUAGCUUUGUAGCUAGCCCAGUUAGCGGAGGCCUGUUGUCCGACCUUCAAUUGAUAUCCUUCCAUGGUUCCAAAUUAAUCAACCACCUUCAAUCAUGGCUAAACACUGCCGCCUAUCCGGAACAGCUAUACCUCCCCAAGCAUGAGAGUCCAGCUGACGGUUGAUGUCUGCAGAGUACUACCAAUACUGCAAACCAAAAGGGGCGAGGGCCUGACAAUUCUAGCAGCAUGCUCCGUCGUGUCUGCGAUUUACACGCGACAAUCUGCAUCUACGUGGCCAUGCAACUGUACGUGGCUUUCGAAGAGAGGAACAGAGCAGAGCAGAUAGAUCGGGCCCUCCACUGAUAUUGGCAUUGCAUGCCAACAGCCACGGAAUACACGAAGAUAAUUAGACGCACCUCAAACAAUACAGAGCAGAUAACAAUAAUAAUGAAUUAAAGGACAAUAAGCAGCAUCUAGCGAAGUGCUCCAUGGCAGCAAGAAGAAAAAAACCAGCUCACCUAUCAAUUACCAUCACCAUGCAUGAAUGCACCCUUAUAUCAAGCCCAAAUUAUUGCAUGGGGGACCUAACUACAGGGAACAGGGAAGUUUACUGACAGCUUGAUGAGAUCAUCUGACUCCUAUAUAAUGAUGUAUGUUCUUGAUCAAUCAAGAUGGAUUUGCAUUGCAUCAUCUUCGCAGCUUGGACGUAUGCCGUGCAUCUAGAGUAGAAAGGUACGACUUGUUUACCGUCCUGUCCGUCUAUGAUGUAACCUGUUUAAAUAACGCCAGGUAGACUUGGUGUUAUUAGUAUCCAUUUGUUAUUAAGGUUGGCGGCAUCACAUGAGGAGGCUGAGAGUAAGCAAAAGACGACUAGGCUACUAUAGGCUAAUUUACUGUGGAUAACAACUUAAUAUUCUGGUAAGAUGGCCGAGUGGUUUAAGGCGGCAGAUUUAAGCUCUGCUGAGGGAGACCUCUCGUGGGUUCGAAUCCCACUCUUAUCAUCAUCUUUUUUUAUUCCCCUACGUAUUACUAUUCUCCUCAGGUUUCUCUUUUUUUUUUUGUCUUGCUUCUCUACCAGCCGUCGGUGACACAGGAGAAGGUCUUGCGUGAUCAAAACUGCUCGUUUCUCCUCUUCGUAGUUCCUUCGUCGACCCAUGGAACCUAGCUCGUGGUCAUGGAGCAACGACCAUGGCUGGCAAAAAAGCAAAGCAACGCCAGCUAACAAAAGAGAAUGAAAGAAGUGAGGGAACGAGAAGAAGGAAAUGUAAGGGGGCAAUGAGACGGAAUUGACUUUUUGCUCUCUAUAUAUUCUUUGGCUGGAGAGACCAAGCCUACAUAAUGGUUAAUUUAGUCGGACUCCGUACUCCGUAGUUACAUACGUAUUGUCCCUCGAGAGGUUAUCGGGAGUACUCCAUAGAGAAGGACGCAAUUGCUGAACGGGAUUAAUUAGCCGUUGAUACAUGGUUGUUAUGCUCGAGCAGGUCAGCGGCUUCUCGAAAGGUGGCCCGUCCCAACCUCUGUUCGUCCGAUUCGGCGUUACGAGCCCGGUCAAGAACGGAACGAACCCCGUCCUACCAUGUCACGAGAAGGUACAGAAUGGAGCACAGCAAGCAAAGUGGACAGGAAAAAGUCCCCAUAUCUUAAGGUGUCGGCGCACGUAAGGAUGUGUCUGACCUGUAGCGUCCGCGCUAGGUUGGUGUGUUGAGCCCGAAGAGUAUACGUUAUGAAUGGUUUGUAUCCAUAGCUCUGAAUCCCGGCUAGUUGCCCAGAGUGUUUAAACCGAUCAUCUGGACAAAGCCAGCCGCCUGAGAAGCCGAAGCGAGGGCGGGAAAAGAAUACAAGCAACGUCGCUCAGGACGGCGAAAAAGGGCGAGUCGAGACCGCUGUGAGCUAUUAAUAAUUCCUCCCAGCAGAGAUCGGUGGGCGAAAGAGAAGAAAAUUAACAAAUAUCGAUCAAUAAUAGGUGCUGUCCUUGGGAUCCCUCGCUUGCUGUGCUCCACUUGUGCCUGUUCUCUUUUAGUGUCUGUACCUGUGCAGUGCAGGCGUACAGUAGUUUGGUCCAGGUCAGGCCGGGUCAGUGGCCACACACGCGGGCCUUUGCUGCAGGAGUAACCUCGAGUGGCGUCAGAAGCCGAUGGGCUCGGAGCUCAAGAGAGGAUCGAAUCAACCCGACAGACAGGCACAGGGAAGCUUCAUGGCUGGUUGGAAGGGGUACAUAAUAGAUAAUAAUGGCAAUAUCUAGUUUGCUGGUUCAAUAAGUAGCUAAAUAAAAAAAAGAAAGAAAGAAAGGAAAGAAGGAAAGAAAGAGGAGUACCAUGCAACCAAUGAUCGCUCAGAGUAGUUUGCGGUGUUGUAAAGGCUGGGCUAGGAGGAGCAAAGGAUGAUAUCAUCAUCUGGUCGUUAGUUUUAGUGGUUGAGCAGAGUGGAAAGACGCCGCAUCGAUCUCGUAUGAUGUUCAGGGAGCUCUGGCUGGGACGCUGGCUGGAGUGCGUGCAGCUGGCGUGGCAAUAUACACAUGUGAGCAUCUUUGGUGGCCAAGGAAGGGGCUGUAGUCCCUGCCAGCGUUCCCGUCUCUACGUGAGAUGUGUCGAUGUCGAUGUCGUUGUACUGCACAUCAAUAAUGCCUACCCACUCGGGAUUUGAGUAACUAUGUACAUCUACUAUGUCAUUAAUUCCCGGGAGACGGUUGUUUCUGCUAGACAGCAUACCGCCAGGAGGUUAACUUUGAAGGGUGAUGUAAGCUAUCAAUAGAAGAAGAAAGAGGAGGAGAAGAUGGAAGAUCCGAGGCUGUCGAAGGUGAUGUAUGUAGUCCGAGAUACGCUCAACCUAGGUAUAUAUGAUGCACGUCGAUGCUAAGAUCGUUGCUCCAGCUGAAGCCAUCUCCAGCUGCUCUUGAUUUGUGUGUUCCUGAAACACGGUGGAGGCCCUGACUCGUGCAAAGCUGGUAGCUAACUUGGGACAGGGGAGCUUAGCCAUAGUUGGCCCGUCGUUAAUUAGCUCUUAUCCGGUAUGUGUCAGGGUAUGUUUUUAUAUAGCUAUCGUUGUGCGCAGUUUGGGGCUGGCCAAGUGUAGAGUAGGACCGAUGGAUGGGGUGUGCAGCGGUUUGGUGAUGGGAAAGUGUAGAAACGGCGAUAACUGCUCAAGGAGUUACAUUAUACGGCCUGGACAACACUAACGGUUAUCGAGAGGCACGGACAUGCAACGCCCUUGUUACACACCCCUUGGCCUCGUAAAUGGCCUGUUGUAAGUGUGCAUGGUAUACGGAGUAAGAUGAAGUCAUGGGGAGGAAUGGGCACAUAUUACCUUUACCAGUUGGUGUGGUAACUGCGCCGUAUAGAUGGCAUAGACGUGGGUGCAGGGGUUAUCUGGGGCGGGG